AUGGCGCCCCUGGCACAUUCAUCCUUACCUCGAUUAAAUACCUUACCAGUACCGCCGACUCCCGGUCUGACUUCUGCACCAGCAGGGACAUCCACUCAUCCGAUUUUCGAUCCGAACCAAACUAUAGUCCAAUCACCGUCUACUUCUCAGCGAUACAGCCAAACCACAUCCCCUACACAUCAGACACCGUUCUCACCAGGCUCAAGACAGACUCCGAGAUCGGAAUCAGGUUCAAAAUGGUCAAGCUCAAACGUGAUUGGAAAUGGUGAAUCAUCCAAAUCACCUAGAUCAAUUUUACUUUCACCUUCGAAUAAAUCACCUACUUCAAGACCACUUUCACCUGAUUUACCGAAUCGAGAUGCCCUUUAUCUCUUUUGUAAUUUUAGCAGUUAUAUGAGAAGUCCAAAUGAAGGUGGACAAGGAGUCAAAGCUGAUGAUUUCAAAGACACUGUUAGACUUCUGGAGCAUGCCAGGUGGCUAACAUCUCAAUCACAUUCGAACGUUCAUAUACUCCAUUUGAAAUAUAGAUUCCAAGGUCAAACAUCAGCUUUCAGAUCACCUUAUUCAACAGGGGAUUAUCAAUUACCAUUAAAUUAUAAAGGUUCAAUUGGAAGAGUUAGAAAUCCAGUUCCACAACCUUUCUCGGUACUUCACGAUCCUGUAGUCAAGAUUGAUUAUAUGGAAAAUGGAAUCUUCGAUCCAUUACCUGCUCAAGCAGUUUUCUCACAUAUAGCGAAAAUGUGUCAACCUCCUCCUAGGAUAAUUGUCAUCUCGUAUGUAUACUCCAAAGUCAUUGAAAAUCAUCUAUCAUCCUUGUCCACAUGGGCAUCAACUUCCUCUCCACCUUCAUAUGUAUUUUCACCCGUCGAAACGCGUUUACGUGAACCUCAACCGUUACAUGUAGCUCUAGGUCAUGCCAUUCCGAUGUCCAUGUACGCUUGGCCAAGUGAACUAUACAAUUCAUUAUCGCCACUACCCUCAGCGUCAGGAACUACGAAUGGGCCUCAUAAUCCUUUAUCACCUUUGGGAGGAUACAGGUAUCCUAUAUCACCCAGACAUAGUAUCACAAAGAUGAAUAACCAAGGAAGAGAGAACGAUGAACAAUCAGAAGAGCACUCUUUAUCACCUUUACUACUGACAAGGAGGAUUAGCGGAGCUGAAUCACCGAAUGAUAUGAUAGAUAGGUAUUAUGCAAGAUUACAUGGAAACAAAUAUACUUCAGAUCCAAUCGCUUCUUUAACGAUAAUAACAUCCUCACCACCAACUAUAACGAAACCACUCCCACUACCUCCUCUCAAAGACAAUGGAACCGACCAAUCAGCAACGGAACCAACGGUUGGACCACAAAACGAACUGGAAAAGCUAAAAUCAAACGAAAUAUCGCCUUCAACUGUUCAUGCUCAAAUGCAAGUACCAGUUGAUAGAAUACCUUUAUGGCAUUUAGCACCCGGUGUAGGAGUUUUACAUGGAAGUACAUCAGCUUCCAUAGGUGUCAAAUUGAGCGAUUUUAGCGCAAUAAAUCUGGUUGGUGACAAUGGUAAAAUCAGACAAAAUGACGCAAAGAAAAAUUUUAGAUCAUCUGAUAUGGAAGGAUUAGGUAUCAGAACCACUCCUUUUGAUUUGAAUGAUAUAGAAAACAAAAAUCUCAGUCUGAUGGAUAUUCCAAUGCCCAUCUCAAGACCAUCAAGUACGACUCCAGCUUCGAUUGGGAUUCUGGGCAGAUUUGAAAAUGAGAAAGAAAAUGCGAAAAAAGAAAUAGCGACAAAAAUGAUACAUUUGACUCCGCCAGAUCCUAAACCGAAAAGCUUGACUAGCAAUAGGAUACUGCCCGCGAGUCAAAGUUGGCCCGCUCCUGUAAGUAGGGUUCCUGGUUGGAGAAAGGGAAGGAAAGAAAUGAUGGAAGAUACGCUGGAAGAGAUGGGCUUGGGGCAAUUUACAGUGGGGAGCGAUAGAGUAGGGCUGGAAAAUGUGGAGAGGGAUGUUGGGGCUGUAGUUAUCAAUGGUCAACAGCAAGAGAUUCAUCAGGCGGAAAGAGGGAAAAUGAAUCUAAUAGAGUAUUUACUAAAAAAGGACGAUCCCAAGUAA